CUUCUAUGGAUGUGCAAAGAGAGCUGAGGUCUGGGAGACAAGACUGCAGAAGCCAUAUGUUCUCUGGCAUGAAGGAUCUCAGGCUUUGGUUACAUUGGGUCUACAUUUUGCCCUUUAUUUUAAACUCAUUGUUUUCAGUGUGAACUGAAAUCGCCUAGUUUGGAAAGUAGUUGAACCGCUGUUGUUGUUUUUGAAGAUGGAUCAGGGAAGUUUAAGAGUGAUUUAUUCACUGACCCUGGUUAUGUUUUUGGGUGUCUGUGCUUCUGGAGCAAAAAACAAGGAGAAGAGUGGAACAUCUCCAUUGAACCUGCAAGAAGAUCAAGAGCUUUUUGCUCAAAAAAAGAUUUUUGAGGAUGCAGAUUAUCAAGAUGAAUACCAUCUCGAGAUGACAAAAGUAGAAUAUAUUGAGGAUGCAGAUGGAGGUUCUGUGCACACACCAUCUGAGGAGUUUUCUGGAACUCACCCAACUCCAACACCUCAGUCAGACCUGCCCAAUAUGAGUGUGACAUCUAGUGAAGACAAAGAUGGCAGCACUGGGGGAAUCCUCACUAAAAACAAUGUCACGGAACAAGAAAUCACAAGUUUCUACAACCCUCUGUUCCCAGUGACAAACAGCUCCUACAGUGCCUAUGGGAUUUUGUUUCUGGCCCUUGUUGUGUUUGCUGUAGGGAUUGUGGGUAAUCUGGCAGUCAUGUGCAUUGUUUGGCAUAACUACUUCAUGAGAAGUGCUUGGAACUACAUCCUGGCCAGUUUGGCUUUCUGGGACUUCCUUGUCCUGUGUUUCUGCCUGCCUGUGGUGGUGUUUAAUGAACUCACUCACAAACGGCUUCUGGGAGAUUUUUCUUGCAGGGUUGUACCCUACAUGGAGGUGACCUCACUAGGCGUGACAUCCUUUAGUCUGUGUGCACUUGGUAUCGACCGUUUUCAUGCAGCCACCAGCUCCCUCCCAAAGGCUCGGCGACUGGAGCGUUGCCAGUCUAUCCUGGCCAAACUGGCUGUGGUGUGGGUCAGUUCCAUGGUCCUAGCAGCACCAGAGCUACUCAUAUGGCAGCUACAGCAAGUCCAAUCCCCUUCUCUGGGUGUCCAGGUGGAUGUCUGCAUCAUGAGCCCAUACCCAAACCUCCCAGAGUCCAUUUACUCCCUGAUCAUCAACUACUAUGACACUCGCAUCUGGUGGUACUUCGGUUGUUACUUCUGCCUGCCUGUGGUCUUCACCUUGCUCUGCCAGCUGGCCACCUGCCAUGUUUCCGGCGAUAGUGGAAGCUCUGGCAAGCGGGCCGAAGAGCGCUCUCCAUCCACAAAACAGAAACUGCAGCAUGCACAGCAGGUUGAACGACAACUGAACUGCACUGUCAUGGCACUGGCCGUGGUUUAUGGGGUAUGUGCGCUGCCCGAGAAUGUAUGCAACCUUACACUGACAUAUACCUCCAUACAGCCAUCCAAGGAUGUUUUGGCUCUCCUCAAUCUGAUAAAUCAAUUUUUCCUGUUCUUUAAGUCAUCUGUGACACCAAUACUUUUGUUGUGUUUGUGUAAAACUCUGGGCCAGGCCUUUAUGGUCUGCUGCUGCUGCUGCUGUGACGAAUGCAAACCUAGUAGCUCCUCUUCCUCCCAAAACAUUGCUGAAAGCAAGCAUGAGGUGUCCACAUCUAUUUUCUUUGACAAAGCCAAGGACAGCACAACCAUUUUGUCUAUUGGCAGCUGAAUCAUCAGACCUGAAAUAAGGUCACAAGAUGAAAUUAAUUAUAUCUCACAUUCACUUUCAUCACAUCAGUUAUUAGUGACUAUGACUUUUUUCCAUGCUCACUGUCUGAUGGGUAAAUUCACCAAGAAGUUGUCCUGUUGCUGCUCUGAAUAUUCUUUUAAAAGGAGGAAGAAUUCAGAAUGUGUAAAAGGUCAACAUAUGUGUGAAGUUCAGGCAGAACACGCUUCAAACACAAAUUUAGUUUUCUAGGUUCACUAAUCAAAACAUACUGUCGUAAAAAUCUGUAAUAUUUUUGCAAGAAAGGUUUUGGGGUUUGUACUUUAAAUCAUUAACACCUUCUGUCAGCAGAAUAUCAUGUCAAGUCUCUUCAGACUGUAUGGCCUGUUUUUCAGCUUUGUAUACAAUUGUGACUUUUAUUAGUAUGUCUAUAUUUUGUGAUGAUAUGCAACAUUUGCUAGAUAUCUGACCAGUGAUGAAUAAUUAUAAUAAAAUAAAAAUAACUAUUCAGAUAGGUAUAUAUUUUCAACAUACACAUUUUUGGAGAUGUAGAGUUGUUUAUGUAACAUAUACUGUAAUGCUGGUUAAUAAUUGAUGGCAUAGUUUUGUAUUUACAUAACAGCUUGGCUAGAAUACGUGUUGUUAAUUGUUAUACAAUAUUUUACAUGCACUGAAUUGUUUUAUUAGUUUGUAAAUAAACUCAAGAGGAAAAAAAACUGAAAGUGCUGGCAGCAUUCUAAAGUUUUUUAGGUUUUUUUAAUGUGAAGCAAAAAAUUGAAAGUGUCCAAUGGAGUUAAUUACACAGAUUGACCCACCAUUUCAGUGUAUGAAAUUUAAUCGAGUGAGUAACUAGCAGGAGUUUGUUCAUAAAUUUUGCAUGUCUGCUGAGGAGUUUUUUUCUGCAAAGGCUUGGUUGGUUUCUUCUUUCCCAUGAGGUUUUCAUUGUUCUGAAAAGAAGAUAGAGGCUUUCACUGAAUAUCAAUGCCCAGACUACAGCUGAGUUGCCAAGAGACCACCAAAAAUUCACAUGCGCUCCAGACUGGCCAACAGUGCACACAAUACCCUUGGGUUUUCCCACCUUUCUUCGUUGUCACAGGAACCAGAGCUCAUCUGUUAAAAGCAUGAUGUUUGUAUGCUUUCAUGUUCAACUGUUAAAUACUUUAAACAAGCAGUUUUAUAGACUAUGUCACUACAAACCAGCAUAAUAACAAUACAGGGCUGUAGAUUAUUCUGUUAUACUACUACAUGUGUAAUAGUAUAGAAAGUGCCUAAAUGUCCAGCAAAAGAACUAUUUGUCACAGUGAGUGACAUGUCUGUUCCUGUAAAAAGGUUUUGUAGAGGUUGACCUGUUUAAACACGUAGCUUUGGCCUGUGUUCAGUAGCUGUCAGGGAUUGGGAAGACAAAAAAGAGAAUGAGCAGCCUCAUUAGAGAGUUGGAGCUUUAAGGAUGGCGCUCUGUUGGCACUAAUGACUGAGAAGGGACAGACUAAUCUCUGUUCCCUGUAAUGAAACUAGAGUCCAAAUCAGAAAACUGUUUCUACCAUCCUGAACAAAAGAAUAAUAAUACUAAUAACAAUUAGAUUGAUGAUGAUAUUUGACUAAUUACACUACUGCUGUUACACUUUAAAAAGGUUCAAUCUGGUCAUUUCAGAAUAGUAAUAAAAUGUAGUCAAUAUUAUGAAAUCACACAAAUCAUGCAAU